GGGCUGACAGAAUACUCCAAUGCUGAGGCUGACAUCCUUGCCCAGGUACUGGCAGCUAGUCAGCAGGAGUAUCUUGAGUCCCUCAAGUGCAGGACCAAGGAUGACAAUUCAGAUUCAUCAUCAUCAUCCUAACACUUCAUCCCACAGUAGCUAACAUCGCCAUUUUCAAGUGUGCAUACGUUGUCACUUCAUUAUCAAGUCAACCCCACCUGGCAACUGUAUUGGCAGUGCAAGUUUGUUUCAUAUCUGACUUGAAAUAUGAUAGUAAUGUACAGUAUGCACUUACAUAAAAAUUAGUUACAUAACAGGCAUUUCCAUGUAAUCUUACUUUAUUUUAAACUGUACUUGCAGGUAGUGUAGUGCAUUGAUUUGUUAGAUACGAGUGACAAGAUAGCUUCACCAAAGUUAACACAAAGGGCUAGCAGUAAGCUCAGCAAUAUGUACAUAAUCACAUCCAUCGUCAUUAAUUAAGUCUAUCCGUCAUGCUUGUGUUCUUAAAAUUUCGGGGAUAUAUCGAGUUCAUAUUGGACUUGUUUCAUUUCCUUCACUCUGUUACCUCUGGUGUAAGUAAGCAUUUCACGACUUGCCAUUUCUUGAAAAUGAAUAUUCUUGAUGAGCCUAAAUGAAUUUCAAGUGGUUAUUUUCAUUUAGAAUUACCAUUCAUAGACAUGAUUAGAGGUUAGUGCAUGAGAGAGUGAGAAAGUGAGAAUGAGCACACACUCGCUAUUAUUUCUCUGUUUUGUCACUAGCUAACAAAAACUUUAAAAAAUUAGGCAUUAGCUUUCAAGUAAAUUACAGAAAUUUUUCCAAUUUUUGUGUUAAGAGAUAAAAGAGCUAGUUUUAAAUUUAAGGUUAAAUUCAUAGACUUGUGAGGCACAUAGCAGCCGGAACUGAACUGCCUGCUACUUGACAUUCCUGUGACUGGAUUCAGUAGGUUCAACUGCCUUGGCAGCCUAGCCAGUGGCAAGGCUUCCUUGUUGAUGGCCUGGUCAACCAGGUUGUUACUGUUAGUCAUCUACAAACCCACAUAGCCAUCACAGCCUGGCUGAUUAGGAGGUAGUGGGACUGUCCUGGUAUUGUAUGUCUUGGUUGCUGGCGUUGGCAUUGUGUUCUCUCUUCCUGGGGAAUGUGUACAUAAAAGGUGACGAGUGAGUAUAAGCUGGGAAUGAAUGGUUGCAGUGUAGCAUGUGGGAAUUUGCAUUCCUCGGCCUCUUUAGUGCUCUAAACAACUUACCUAGGGUGGCCCAUGCAGAAUCUUCCCAGUAAAUAUGGGAAUUUUAAUUUUUUUAUAAACUGUGAUAUAUUUCCUUUGUAGGACAAGUCUGUGACUUGCUUCUAUUUUUCUUUUAUUUUGAGAAACUAGAAAUAAACACAACUAAAUUGUUUCUCUCAGAUGAGAAUGUUAACACUAGCAGCUGGGUGAACUAAAAGAAGUAGCUGCAGGGUGAUCUUGAGUUCUAGAAAUUGUCAUUGCAGAUUAUACUGAACUUAAGUUAAUAUUAGAAUCUUUGAAACUUUGUAAGACAUUUCAUAAGUAAGGUUUUAAGUUUAAUUAGUAAUUACCUGUACUGCCUAUUGUCAGUUUUCCUGGAAUCCAUGUUUGUGUAAAGUUAUCUUGUGUGUUUUAAAUGUGUAAAAGUGCUGACAUUUACGGGGCCAGAAAAGUAAAAAAAAAAAAAAUACUUGUUUUCACACUUAGAUGCUGUUGGUCUGAUUUUACAUUUCUUUGAAAUUUUUGUGCAUGUCUUCUUUCACACAAGUUCAUAUGUAAAUGUUAAAGUAACUUUGAUGGGAUAUGUUUUUCAUGGGCAGUAAAUAUCUGUCGUAGAGUUUUCUUCCACCUUCAUAGUGGAAACAAGUAUAUUUUUUUUAUAGUUGGGCCCUAAAUAUUACAAUUUAUUUGUAACUAACAUGAAACUGUUGAUUAUUCAUCAAUGAUAACAUGUUUGCAAAUAUUCAAAAAAUAAAGUGAUGACAAA